ACUGAAGAAAAAUCGUGUGAAUACAGUGAAUGUGAGAUAUCUAGCUGCAAAACUAGCUUGCUUACACACCAGAGCGUUCAUACUGGCGAGAAGCAUUAUGAGUGUACAGAUUAUGGGAAGGCCUUCAGUCAUAGCUCAAGUCUCAUUCAACAUCAGAGAGUUCAUUCUGGAGAAAAGCCUUAUGAGUGUAGUGAAUGUGGGAAGUCCUUUAGUGAAAGAUCUUGUUUAAAUGUGCACCACAGAAUUCAUACUGGAGAAAAACCAUAUAAGUGUAGUGAUUGUGGGAAAUCUUUUAGGUCCAAUACUCACCUUCGUAUCCAUAAGAGAGUUCAUACUGGAGAGAAGCCUUAUGAGUGUAGUGAUUGUGGAAAGUCCUUCAGUAUGAGCUCUACCCUCAUUCGCCACCAAAGAGCUCACACUGGAGACAAGCCUUUUGAGUGUAGUGAAUGUGGGAAGUCCUUUAGAGAAAGAUCUAGCUUAAAUAAUCACCACAGAAUUCACACUGGAGAAAAGCCAUAUGAGUGUAGCGAUUGUGGGAAAUAUUUUAGGACCAAUACUCACCUUCAUAUGCACAAGAGAGUUCACACUGGAGAAAAGCCAUAUGAGUGUACAGAUUGUGGAAAAUCCUUCAUUUUUAGCUCUACUCUCAUUAAGCAUCAGCGAGUUCACACUAGAGAAAACCCAGCUGUGUGUGGUGACUGUGGGAAAUCUUUUAGGUGCAAAAGUCAACUUCAAAACCACAAGAGAGUUCAUACUGGAGAGAAGCUAUAUGAGUGUACAGCAUGUGGGAUGUCCUUCAGGAGUAGCUCUAACCUAAUUCGACAUAAGAAAAUUCACACUGGAGAAAAGCUGUAUGUAUGUAGUGACUGUGGAAAUUCCUUUAGGCGGAAUGCUCACCUCCUUAGGCACAAGAAAGUUCAUACUAGAGAGAAGUCAUGAUUGUACAGAUUGUAGGAAGUCCUUCAGUCGUAUUUCAAGCCUCAUUCAACAUCAGAGAGUUCAUUCUGGAGAAAAGCCAUGUGAGUGUAGUGAUUGU